AUGAAGUGCCUGAGCAACAAUGAGCACCUCAUUCCCUGGGAACAGCUUUCUCCAGAGAACUUUACCAUGGUCACUGAGUUUCUUUUGCUGGGUUUUUCAAAACUCCAAGAAUUACAACUUGUGCUCUUUGCUGUCUUCUUCUGCCUCUACAUAAUCAUCUUGUGUGGAAAUAUCACCAUUGUUACAGUCAUCCUCCUUGAGAACAACCUCCACACUCCAAUGUAUUUCUUUCUAGGUGUCCUCUCUGUCUCUGAGACCUGUUAUACAUUUGUCAUUUUGCCCAAGACGCUUCUCAACCUGCUCUCUAUGCUGAGAGCCAUCUCCUUUAUCAGCUGUGCUAUCCAAAUGUUCUUAUUUCUUUCCUUUGCUAUCAAUAACUGCUUAUUAUUGGGUGUAAUGGGUUAUGAUCGCUAUGCUGCCAUUUGCCAACCUCUGCGCUACCCCAUCCUCAUGAAUUGGAGGACCUGCAGACUGCUAGCAGCUACCUGUGGGGUGAGUGGAUCUUUGAUCUCAAUGAUUGGCACAACCUUGGUCUUCAUUCUCCCCUUUUGUAACUGUAACAAGAUUAACCACUAUUUCUGUGACAUUUCACCUCUUAUUCAUAUUGCUUGUGGGGACACCUAUCUCAAUGAGAUGAUUAUAUUUAUCUGUGGUGUCCUGGUACUUGUGGUCCCCUUGAUAUGUGUCUGUGUCUCCUAUGGAUUCAUUGUCAGUACUAUCUUGAAGAUUCCAUCCACUGAAGGGAAGCAGAAAGCCUUCUCUACCUGUGCCUCUCAUCUCACAGUAGUUAUAGUCCACUAUGGCUGUGCAUCCUUUGUCUAUCUGAGACCCUCAUCCAAGGUCACAUCUGACAAAGACCAGUUGGUUACAGUGAUUUAUACUGUUAUCACCCCCUUAUUGAAUCCCAUGGUUUAUAGCCUCAGGAACAGGGAUGUACAAGCGGCCAUCUGGAAAGUUAUCAGCAGAGGAAAGUUUUCCCACAAAAUUCUAUGA